AUGUCGUCGUCGAGUAACUUAAGCAGCUCAAGUAUCGAAGCCGCCAAAGAGAGCGUGCCCAUAGCCACUGAGCCAGAUCUUCCUACAGAGGGAGGUGUUCGAGGAUGGAUUUGUGUGGUUGGUGCUUUCAUUUGCCUAUUCUGCACUUUCGGGUUUCUGAAUGCGAUUGGUGUCUUCCAGACACAUUAUGAACAGAAUUCCCUCCGCGAUUAUAGCUCCUCCGAUAUCUCAUGGAUCUUCGCCGUUCAACUAUGCAUGAUGUGGGCUCUGGGCCCGCUCUACGGACGUCUCCUCGAUACCUUCGGGCCUGCCCCAGUGCUAUACCCGUGCAGUCUGCUAUGUGUGUUUGCUUUGUGCAUGACCAGCUUGGCAGAAGAGUACUAUCAAAUCUUCCUCGCACAAGGUCUUGGCUUUGGAAUCGGUGCCGGAGGAGUCUUUACAGCCGCGAUGGUCUGUGUUGGCCAAUGGUUUGUCAAGAGACGAGGACUUGCUCUCGGUAUUGCGGCGUGUGGGUCGAGUACCGGUGGCGUCAUCUUCCCCAUUUUCUUGAACAAAAUGGUCGGGGAUGUGGGCUUUAACGGCGCGAUCCGGUAUACUGCGUUGUUCAUUGGUAUCCUGCUUGCUGGGUCUUGUUUCAUGGUCCGAUCGAGAUUGCCUCGUAAGGCAUGGAACAAAGAUGCGCCAUGGCUUGAUUUGUCACUGUUUAAAGAGAAGCAAUUCGCUCUGUACUGCUUAGGCGCAUUUUUUGUGAUGUGGGGACUCUGGGGUCCGUUCGAUUAUCUCCCUAGCAUGGCCCAAGAAGAGGCAAAUUUCUCUCCCGACCUAGCUUUGUAUUUGAUCUCGAUUAUCAAUGCUACCUCAAUUCCCGGUCGCAUUAUCCCUCCGCAUAUUGCAGAUCAUAUCGGCCAUUUCAAUGUGCUCACCACCUGCGCAUUUGCGACGGCAAUCUCAAUGCUCUGUCUUUGGUUGCCCUUCCACUAUCACUCCUCCCAUGCGGGGCUGAUUAUUUUUGCGCUGGUUUAUGGGUUCGUGACAGGCGCUGUUGUCUCGCUACUCAUGCCCUGCGUUGCCAAGUCAGGAAAACUGGAAGCAUUGGGUGUCAGAUUCGGAACUUUCCAAAUGGUGGUCGCUCUCGGAUGUCUUACUGGACUCCCUACCAUGGGCGCCAUCUUGAAACAGGAGGGUGGGAAGAACUUCGCUGGUCUGGAGAUCUUUGCUGCUGUAUCUGCGCUGAUCGGUGCAAGCUUCCUGGCAAUGUCGACAUAUCAAAUGUCUCGCUCUCGAGGAACCUGGCGAGUCUAG